CCGUGUCCCCGCCCGGCGGCGGGGCCGGGUCGGUGCGGGACCCCGGGGGCCAGCCUUAAGUGUUUCUGUGCCUGGACCACGGCAGCAUGUCGACAGAAAAGCUCAAGCAGCACAAAAUCAUCUUUGUGGUGGGUGGCCCUGGCUCGGGCAAAGGGACACAGUGUGAGAAGAUCGUGCAGAAGUAUGGCUACACCCACCUGUCCACGGGGGACCUGCUGCGGGCAGAGGUCAGCUCGGGCUCGGAGCGGGGCAAGAAGCUGCAGGCCAUCAUGGAGAAGGGAGAGCUGGUGCCCCUGGACACGGUGCUGGACAUGCUGCGGGAUGCCAUGGUGGCCAAAGCAGACGUGUCCAAGGGCUUCCUGAUCGACGGAUACCCCCGCGAGGUGAAGCAGGGAGAGGAGUUUGAAAAGAAGAUCGCGCCCCCCACGCUGCUGCUCUACGUGGAUGCGGGGAAGGACACAAUGGUGAAACGCCUGCUGAAGCGAGGAGAGACCAGUGGGAGGGUGGAUGACAAUGAGGAGACCAUCAAGAAGCGUCUGGAGACCUACUACAAGGCCACUGAGCCUGUCAUUGCCUUCUACAAGAGCAGAGGCAUCGUCCGCCAGCUCAACGCCGAGGGCUCUGUGGAGGAGGUUUUCCAGCAGGUCUGCACCCACCUGGACUGCCUGUAACCGAACCCCCGGCCCCAAUUCCCCCAGUGCACUCCAGCAGAGACAGCGGAAGCGGCUUUAUCCUGUUUUCGUGGACGGAGCCGUGCGGAGGAAAUUUCAAGGACAUUGUGUUUGGCUCUUUCCCGUCUCUCCCCAGUAAAGUUCACUUUAAUGAA